AUGUCUAUACUCGAAGGAGGAGGAGACUUCCCCUCUCUUAACGGGCUUUCUCAUCGAAGAUUACACUUCUGCCCCUACACUAAUAACAUCCCAUUGGAAAAAGGGGACCAAAUUUGUUGUAAAAAGCAUAUGAAUAUCAGUGAGCCUGGCUUAAUAACUACAUCAGCACUUCCAAGCACAGAUUAUGAAAACGAUGCUGGUUAUCAGCAGUACAUUCCUCCUUCACGCAACAACAUUAAACUAAACAUGGGUCGAAAUAAAUCAGAUGAGGAAGAAAGCAGUGCUUCAGAGUCUGGUUCUGGUAACUCCAGUGGAUCUGAUUCUCAUGAUGCUAGCAGUUCCCAACAUGAAGAAAAGAAAAAAAAGAAAAAUUCAAAAAAAGAAAUGAAAGAGUUGUGGGAAAAGACACCUGACCUAUAUGGCAUUCGCAGAUCAAGCAGGGCUCGUAAAGAACCCACAAGAUACACUCAGACUCAGAAUAGUGAUAGUGAUGAAGAGAGUAGUGGAGAAAGAAAACCCAAAAAACGAACUCGAAGGAAAGAGUCUAAAGAAUGGAGAGCUAGUGAUGAAGAUGAUAAUAAGGAUGAGGAUGAUGAUGAUGGUGAUAGCAGUUAUAGUGAUGACUUUAAACCUCCUCCUCGGCGACCACAAACUUCAAAAUUGAGUCGAAGCAGUCGAUCAGCAGGUGCUCGUAGAGCAGCUGCUAAGAGAUCUCGGAAAAAGAAGAGUUAUUCUUCUGAUUCUGAAAGUGAUGAUGAAGCUGAACAGAGACAUUUGAGAAGAAACACGAGGAAGAAAGUGAGUUAUAAAGAAGAAGAUUCUGAAAAUCAAACUGACUCUGAUGAUUUACUGGAAAUAACAGCUCCCACCACUGCUGCUGAUGAGGAAGAUGAGAACCGUGAAACAAUAGAGAAGGUGAUUAUGCAUCGACAAGGAAGGAAAGGAGUUGGUUGUGGUGUACCGCUGAUUGAGCUGCAGUCUACGACCAAUGUAGAGGCCAACCCAGCUACCGGUGGUAAAACAACAGUAUACAAUGUAGAACAGGAUGGAGAUCCAAAUGCUGAUCUUAAUCCUGAAACAGAAGAGACAGAGAUCCAAUAUUUGAUUAAAUGGAAAGGCUGGGCUCACAUCCACAAUACAUGGGAAGUGGAAGCAUCACUUAAAGAGCAAAAAGUUAAUGGUUUAAAGAAACUGGAGAAUUACAAGCGGAAAGAGGAGGAAAUCCUUGAAUGGAAAGAGGCUGCUAGCCCAGAAGACAUUGAAUAUUUUGACUGCCAACAGGAAAUGAUCAUGGAACUUUAUCAACAGUAUUCAAAAAUAGAGAGGAUUAUUGCUCAUACAAAUCAAAAAACAAACAAUGUUGACAAUGGCUUUCCAGAUUAUCUGUGUAAAUGGCAGGGACUUUCACAUGCUGAUUGUACUUGGGAGGAUGGUGAGCUUAUAUCUGAUAAGUUUAAGAAAUAUGUUGAUGAAUAUCAUACAAGAAAUAAGUCUCAGAAGAUCCCCUCAAAACAAUCCAAGGUUCUGAAAUGCCGUCCAAAGUUUCAGCAAGCUAAAAAUCAGUCAAAAUAUAUGGGAGGUGUUGCAGGUUUGGUUUUACGAGAUUACCAAAUGGAUGGCAUCAAUUGGUUGGUACAUGCCUGGUGCAAGGAGAAUUCUUGUAUCUUGGCUGAUGAAAUGGGUCUGGGUAAAACUAUCCAGACUAUUGGUUUCUUAUCAACACUUUUUAAUACCUACCAACUAUAUGGACCCUUCUUAUUAGUUGUACCUUUGUCUACAAUUGUUGCUUGGCAACGUGAGUUUGUCAAUUGGGCUCCAGAAAUGAAUGUUGUCAUCUAUCUAGGUGACAUCAAUAGCAGAAAUAAGAUUCGUGAAUAUGAAUGGUGUCAUCCUGGAAACAAAAGGUUGAAAUUCAAUGUCAUUAUCACAACCUAUGAAAUUUUACUGAAAGAUAAGUCAUUUCUUGGUAAUGUCAGUUGGGCAUUCCUAGGUGUUGAUGAAGCUCAUCGCUUGAAGAAUGAUGACUCCUUACUUUAUAAAUCUCUAAAGGAGUUUGGCACCAAUCACAGACUUCUGAUCACAGGUACUCCUUUGCAAAACUCUUUGAAAGAGCUGUGGUCUUUAUUACAUUUUAUUAUGCCUGACAAAUUUGCCAGAUGGUCCGAUUUUGAAGCAAAACAUUCCACGGAAGAUAAAACUGGCUUUUCAUCGCUCCACAAAGAAUUGGAGCCCUAUUUGUUAAGAAGAGUAAAGAAAGAUGUAGAAAAAUCUUUGCCAGCUAAGGUGGAACGAAUUCUGAGAGUUGAGAUGUCUUCAAUACAGAAACAAUACUACAAAUGGAUUCUGACGAAAAACUACAAAGCUUUAAAUUAUCUUAUGCUCAGGCAUUUCCCAUUCCAGAGGCUUGAUGGCUCAAUACGAGGUGAUCUCAGAAAACAGGCCCUUGACCACUUCAAUGCUGAAGGUUCGCAGGAUUUCUGCUUCCUGUUGUCUACUCGAGCUGGUGGCUUAGGUGUGAAUUUAGCUACAGCCGAUACUGUCAUCAUUUUUGAUAGUGACUGGAACCCUCAGAAUGAUUUACAAGCUCAAGCACGAGCUCAUAGAAUUGGUCAGAAAAAUCAGGUCAGUGUCUAUCGAUUAGUAACAAAAGGUAGUGUUGAAGAAAACAUUGUGGAAAGAGCUAAGAAAAAGAUGGUAUUGGACCAUUUGGUUAUUCAAAGUAUGGACACAACAGGGCGAACUGUACUGAACAGAGGAAAUGUACCUUCAAGUAAUAACACCCCAUUCAACAAAGAGGAAUUGGCAGCAAUCCUCAAAUUUGGUGCUGAAGAACUUUUUGGUGGUGAAGAAAAUGAAGAUGAAGAUGAACCACAGGUGGAUAUUGAUGAUAUUCUUCAAAGUGCUGAGACUAGAGAAACUGAAACAGCUAGUGCUGGUGAUGAGCUUCUAUCACAGUUCAAGGUGGUUAGCUUUGAUAAUUUAGAAGAAGAGGAGCCAAUUAAGCCCAUUGGAGGAAAAGACUGGGAAGCUAUAAUUCCUGAAGGAGACCGGCAAAGAGUGGAAGAAGAGGAAAGACAAAAUCAAUUAUUAGAACUCAACUUACCUCCACGUAUUCGAAAAUCUAUACAGCAAAUUCAAAUGGAUUCAGAUGAAGAAAAGAAAGGAAAGAAAAAGAGUAAAGAUGGUGAAGAUUCUGAAAGUUCAGAAGAUGAUGAUGAAGAUAAACCUCGUAAAAGAGGUAGGCCUCGGACAGUUAACAGGGAUACCAUCAAGGGCUUCACAGAUGCUGAAGUGAGAAGAUUUGUUAAAAGUUAUAAAAAGUUCCCUUCUGCUAUUAAUAGACUUGAUGCCAUUGCUCGUGAUGCUGAACUGCAAGAAAAAUCAGAGGCUGACUUAAAGAGAGUUGCUGAAUUGUUAAAAGAGCGAUGUGAACAGGCAAUGACUGAAUAUAAAGAAAAACUUGAUGAAGAUCCAAAUUUUGAAGCUGGUAAAAGAACACAUCGUGGUCCUUCCUUUAAACUUUCAUCUGUGACAGUGAAUGCCCAGGCAGUUCUUAAAAUACAACAAGAGUUAGAACCUUUAUUUACUUGCCUCAAAGAAAAAGAUGGCAAGAAAAUGUAUGAAAUAAAUGGAAGAGUCAAACUGGUUCACUGGGAUUGUCCCUGGGAAAUAGAUGAUGAUAUCAAUUUAUUGGUUGGGAUAUAUGAAUAUGGUAUUGGUAGCUGGGAAGAUAUAAAAAUGGAACCUGAAUUAAAUCUCCGUGACAAGAUUCUUCCAGAUUCUGAUCUAAAGCCUCAGGGUAAGCAUCUUCAAACAAGAGCAGACUACCUAUUGAAGCUUCUCAAGAAACAGAGUGAACAAACCCCAACAUUUGUUAAUACGGCAGUUAAGCCAAAGAAGCAAAGAAGAAAAAAACCUAAAUCUGCUGAAAUUAUCUCUGAAGUUAAUGAAGCUGGAGAUAUGAGUGCCAAAGAAGAAACAAAUGACAGUUUCCCAGAUAGUGUGAAGAGUGGAAAGAGUGCAAAAAAAAAAAAGAAAGAUAAAGAGGAAGAAAAGGUAGAAGAGAAACCUGAGGAGGAAAAGAAAGAAGAAAAGAAAGAGAAAAAAGAAAAAGAAAAGAAGAAAAAGGAAAAGAAAAAUCGUAAUGAUGGCCCCAUGCAUUUCACAGCAACAUCUGAACCUGUAGCUAUAUCUCAAGAAGUGGAUAUUGGCCUCCCACCAGAAGUAUUUAAAGAGUGCAAAGAAAAGAUGCGACCAGCAAAGAAAUCUCUGAAGCAAUUGAGUAAUGGUGAUGAUAGCAUGUCUGAAAAAGAACAAAUGAAUCAAACCCGUCAGUGCCUCUUGAAGAUUGGUGAUCGUAUCCAUGAGUGCCUUGCUGAGUACAAUAAUCCUGACAAGAUAAAGGAAUGGCGCAAUUAUUUAUGGAUUUUUGUUUCUGAGUUUACUGACCUUAGUGCAAAUAAACUUUAUAAGCUAUAUCGGACUGCUGCAAAGAGAAGAGAGAAUGAACAAGAGCAAAAAGAAAAACACCCCAAAUUUUCAGAAAGUCAGCAUUUAUCUCAUUACAAAAUUGCAAAACGUCCUCGAAUUCAAAAUGAAGGACAAAGAAAAGAUCCACCUGUUAAACGGCAUUUUGGUUCUGACCAUUGGGGUGACAAAAGUAGAGACAGUACAUCUUCUCACAGCAAUGGCCCGUGGCAUAGCACUUCCAACUCUAAUUCCAAUCACCCAACAUCUUUCCGUAAUGUGUUAGGAAACACAGGUCGAGAUUCAAGUCGGUUGGACCUUCCUCAAUCUACUAUGAGUCCCCAUUCUGAUAGAUGGCAGCAUAAUAGCCCCCUAUCUAGGACUGGAGAUCAAAAAAGAAAUCGGUAUGACAUGGGUUCUAAUUCCUAUAAUAGACCUCCACAUCCUCCUCCUCCACCACCACCACCACCUCAUCCUGAUAUGUAUAACAGAGGUUAUCAUGGAGGAGAUCACCAUCACAGAUUCAACCAUGAUCGGCGAGACAGAGAUCACCCACCAUUUUCUGGUAGCAAUUCUGGUUACAGUUCACAUAAUCGAUUUGAUCCUCAUAGAAGUGGGGAUUUUCGGUAUCAUCAUCGAUCUGACUUUAAACACCAUCAUUCAGGAUUGGAUCGUGACAAAAGUCAUCAGUCAUAUCAAGACAGAAAACGGAGAAAUGAUGAUCGCAAAGAACACCGUAGUAGCAAAGAGCGAAAAACUGACAGUAUGUCACGAUCACAAUCUUCCCAGGAUUCAAAACAAAGAAAUUGA